GCGAACUUUGUUAUGUUUAUUACAUGUGGAAUUGGACGGGAGGCGUGAAGAUGGAACACGAAAUGCACACCAGCUGACAGAGAAAAUUGCACACUCGCCGUAUAUCACCGGUAGCUUAGGAAGAAAGAGAAAGAUUCGUUAAUUCGCGAGAUAGGCUCUGGAAAAAGCGUGCCACCUGUUCGACAUACGGAGUGCCGGUGAAAUGGGGUUGCAUAAACUGGGACGUCUGCUGAGAAAUUGUCGGGAGGCCUGCGGCUUUGAAAGCCCACUGUCAUCUGGCGCCGCUUGACAGUUUCAUCACAGUAUCGCACGCUUCUACACAGCCACGAUGUCAGGACAGAAUCUGAGGUUUCUGUGGGAGGCUUUCAUGAAACUUCCUGAUAGGAAGCAUGAAGCACUGGACAAGUUCCUUUGGGCUUACUGUCAGAAAUGCAAACACCUGGAGAUGGAUGCUGAACUAGUCAAGUUUGGGGACAUGAAGAGUGUGUGUAACAUCCUGGCACGUGAAUUUCUGGCUGACAUACAGCGUGUGUGCAGCCUGUCAGAUGACGAGGAUGACACUGGGCAUCUGCGAGACUACUUGCUGUGUCAGAGAGGCUGGAGGCUGUUAUUUGUCAUGCACAAGUUGGGACUGGAGGGUUUAUCCUGUGGCAGAGAUCUGGGGGGUCUGCUGGUGUCACUUUUACCCUGGUGUCAGAAAUUUGUUGCUGUCCCCACAAAUACAUCUUCAUGCUCCUGGCAACAAGACAUACCAGCAACUCUUGUGGAUGAGUGUUUCUACUGUCUGUCCAAGCACACCCCUCACCACACUGUCCAGGUGACAAGAAAUAAACCUACCGCUCCUGGGGGCAAAGCGAAGGGAAGCCCGCUGUUUCAGAGGAGAGCGGAGUAUUCCAUCAGGAAAUCCUUUGUUAAAACUAGUCAUGAUGGGCCAAAGGUCAGUUCAGACUCAGGUGAAGAGAGCACAUUCAAAUUUGGCAAACGAAAAAGGUAUAGACGUCUGAAACCAAAGAGCAGCAAGCCCAAGAGUCAUUCCUUGUCACACUACUUCAGUCAGCAGCAGUUAAGUCCCUUUGAAGACGGUGAUGACCUGGAUACUCUGUUAUCAGAAUUAGUCAUGGAUAGCAACGACAUUUUGAGUCCGCUAGAAUUGUGCUGUUUGCUUUUAGACAUUGUCAGAGAUUUGUGUUUAGGAGAUUCCCAGCCACUCUCUCCCACCAAAACCAUUUCCUCUACGAUUAUUCCUCAGCUGUUGCAGAGCUUGACACAGCCUUCAGACGAGGAAUCAGUGGAUGUUCAAGAUUCUCAAUGGCCUGAGAAAAACAAACUUCUUUUUAAAUUGCGUCUACUUCAUGUUAUUCUUACAGCAAGUGCAAUGACUGUUGGCCAUCAAAAUGGAGUGAAUAUUCUAGUCGGUCACAGGAUCAUUCCUACACUGUUAAAAACUGCCCAGGAUAUUGUUGGUCACAGAUCCACAGACUGGGAGUCACCAGAGUCACAGUUGGCAUUCAAGUUUCAGUCUGACUCUGUUCAAGGAUGCUUAAGACUCACUGAGGCAGUUUUCCAGUAUUUGCCAUUCAAUUUAACAUUCAUCAGGAGUGCAGUGAACUUGAUGGACGAGUUCAAGGAAAAUCAUGGGUUUGAAAUGCUGGAGCAAGUGGUGCUAAAGGAAGAUGAUGUCUGCUGCAGAAAACAUUCAAACAGUAGCAAAACUGGCCAUGAUGCCUCCUGUAACAGUAGUAUAGUGUGUAUAGCAUCAGAUCUGAUUUCCACUCUCAAGAUUACCAAAGUGAACUACAUCCAUACCAUGACUUGUCUGAAGAAAAAACAUCGUAAGUGUCAGUUUAGUCAGUAUUUGGACCACCAUCAUGGCAUUCUAGGUCCUGUUGAAGGUUCCAGCGAAUCAGGACCCAGCACUGCAGGUCGCUUUCAAGGUAACUCAAUUGCCUCCUCUGUUUUGACAGACACAGGGCCUCUGUCCAAUUCCACCUGCCUGGUUGCCAUGUUAGCGACCUUCCUUCUCAAGCUCCUGCCACAACUGUCCUCUAAGCAAAUCCAAGUUCAGGUUCUCUCUGCUUUAUACUCAGCUGGUAUAUGUUGCUGCUUAUCACCAGAUGUUUUACUUGAUGUCGUCAUUCAAGCUGCAGGUCCGAUGUCGUGUUCUGUCAGAAGUCACCUCUUUGAAAUCAUGGGCAGGUUGUUGUUGGAACAGCUAUUUGCCGGUAGUGGAGUGCAACACCUAACAUGUCCUGUCUGCAGCACGGAGGACUCUGGCCCAACAGAGGAUCCUGGAAUAGGAAGUGCUGCUCAUCUGGUCGCAGACAGUGGGUUUUCCAGCAAUGAGGCUCUUGCGGGCUGGUCACAGCAGGAGAAACAUGCAGGCAUGUCCAAGUGGAAAGCUCUCACAAAGUUAAAGCAGCUUGUGUUUGCUGAAGACCUGUCUCUUGCUUCUUUGGUGACCAGACAUCUGUGUCUGUUGGCCAUUAAAGGAAACAGCACUGUCAGGAAACAGUUGUUUUUCAACAUCAUCUUCGUUGUGUUUCAGUUAUUCCGACAGAGAAAACCAGACAGUGAAGAGUCUUCUGGCAACGAGUUUCCAGUUGGCGGAGCAGAACCUUUGUCUGGUAACCAUGGUAACGUGUCUUUUCCUGUUAUCCACCAUUGUUUGGCUGCCUUGCCGUACCUCCUCCAGGAAGAUCAAAUUCUGAAUGCAUUCUUGAACAAAAAAGGACUGCAAAAGCUCUGUACUCUUUUAGAGGAGAAUUCACUGAGGCAAGUUGUGUUGAAAGUUUUAGAAGCGUUGGUGAUAUUUGAUGAGCGACGUUCAGAUAAGUCCAUGGCAUCCUCCCAGGUUUUGACGGUGGGAAGUCGACAUGGUUCCAGUUCCUCGGGGUCACAACUGACCUUGUCGGAAGCGUCUGACACUAUUGGCAAAAUAGUUAUCAGGUCUAUACUGAGCAUACUUUGGACUAAGUCAAAACCUUUCCGAGCUGGGGAUGCUGACAUUCUAGUGCAUCGCCAGACAGUACCUAGAGACAAUAGCUUAGACACUGACAGUUACGACUCAGAAACCAGCGACUCGGCGUUCUCCACUUCAGAACUACUCAAGCUGGAACAGCUCACUGUUCUAACAGACUUGUGGAACUCUUGCCGAUUUUUAUGCCAAAAAAGCCCAGGAUUUGUUCAGAUGUUUUUGGAUUCUGAUCCACCUGUGGCUGCUCUGGCAUUUGAAAAACUGAAGGAUGUGGUGGCCUCUUUGUCCAGUGCCAACCUUAUUCACAGACAGUCACGGGAUGAAUCUCAGCAGCUGGAUGUUAAACCAACAGUGUCUGUGAACAGUGAGAACUCCAUGCUUGUCUUAAAACAUCGUUUGGUGCUGACAGAGGCUCUCAUGGGCGUGUGUUUUGUUGCCUCCGCCAAUCAGCUGUCAGGCCCUGUACACAAGCUAAAGCAGGUUGGUCAGCUGGUGAGCUUCCUGCGAGAGGCAUUGUCGUUGUGCCGUCACAUAGACAGUAUACGACUGAAGCUCUUGUUUGAUAUGUUACUGGCGUGCUGUGGAAUCCUGCCAAAGACGUGUAACAGGCAUGCUCCCAGGACCACAUCUGAUGGGGACACUUCUGAUGAGCUUCAUGGGCAGUUAGCGAGCAGCAGCGAGGACGACAGUGGGACGUUUCAUACUGAAGUUGGCUACGAGAGUGACAGCGAGAGCUCACAGUCUGACACACACAAAAUGGGUGAUCACAAGGUGCAUCGAGGCCAGGAAGAGGAGAUAAACAACCUUGAUCCCAUGGCUCCUGUGCACCGCAUUCUGGUGGACGUUUUGAUAGAGAUGAAACAGUUACCAACAGCAACCACCUUAGUCCCAUAUGUGCUGCAGAAAAUCAUACAGGGCAUUCAGGCUAACAAAUGGCAUGCAGAGGCCUUGUGUUCACAGGGUUGUCUGGAAGCUCUGCUCUGUGGUUUUAAAGAGGUCUUCAUUAGUCAGACCCCAGAAGAUAAAGAGAAGCAGGGCCUGCUACUGGAACUGGUUCAGCUGCUGUCACAGAAUGAGAUCACCUCUAGAGAACUCCAGCAUUUCCUACAGCUCUUCCACACACCCACCGCUCCUGUGUCUGCAUUGCUCUCUACACUGAUGACUGUGGUGGAGACAUUCUCUAUCAGCCCACACUACUUCCUCUCCUUCCCUGUACCGUUUUUGCCUGAUCCCCCAGGUCAGAUCAGAGGAGCACAGAAAACAGUUGCUGCAGGAAAUGUCUGGGACUUAUGUGCACUUCAUCAACCCAUUAGCGACACCUUGCCCUGGCACACAUACCAAGUGUCCUUCACCUUGACACUUUGGAUUGCCCUGGGAGAUGAGGUCACCAAGGCCACACGAGGGUCAGCGUCCAGCGGCCUGUAUUCUGCACAGAGUGAUCAAACUGGAAGCCGCCAAAAGCGAGGGAAGACUGACCUCCUGAGUAACAUGCCAGGAGAAUUGACAAGUGAUAUGUUGGAUGGAGAACAUAUCUUGACAGAAUUUGAUUGGUCAGGAGUUUUGGUGCAGAACAAGUGGCACCAUUUGCUGGUGAUGUACUCAGAGAAGCUGGAUGGAAGCACACUGGUGGGAAAGGCCACCCUCGUUAUUGAUGGCUCUGAUAUGAGAGAAUUUCCGUUAGAUCAUCCGGCCCUUAAGGUCUCAGCAAUGACACCUAGCAUUCUCAUUGGGCAUUGUACUGAGACAGACAGUACUGAUUGGACAAGGGGGAAAAUGAGUAUUGGCAAUGUUAUGCUCUUCAAAGGGUCGAAUUUUUCCUGUGAUACCUGCUUCCACCUGUAUACCCUAGGACCUGAUAACACUAGUAUCAGUAAAUGUGACUGUUCAGGUGGCAAGGCCAACUACAGUAGUCACCUGUGUAAAAAAAUAGUCCUCAACUCUUCUGUGAGCCAUGAUGUUCUAGUCGGCCUGAGGACAGUGAUGUUGAGUGAUGUACAGGAAUCUCUGAUCCUUAUGUACUCUCCCAAGACCUGCCAACUUUUCUCUAUGUACCCACCGACAAAACAACUAGAUCUAUCUGCUGCCACAGGAAACAUUGCAGGACCGACCCCAUCAGCUGUCAAUGAAAAUAGGCUGCUCCAACAACGCCCAACUGUUACACCUGCCUUUAUCACAGGUCAGCUGAAGCCAAAGGUCAGACAGAGACUGGAACAAUCCAUUCAGCAUGCAGGAGGAAUAGGGGUGUUCCUCUUUUUGGUGGCAAAGAUUUUUGAGCAUCCUGUCAGUGAGUCAGGGGAGGUAACUGAAGGCCUGGCGUUGACCGAGCAGCUGCAUGCCCUGGUGACUCGUCUUCUGUUGACAUUGUUACAACAUAUGCCCAGCUUGUCUGUGCAGUGUGAUGAGAUGUCAGGUUAUGCUAUGCUGGCCAAAUGUCUAACCAGUUCACGGUGCCAUGUGGGCAGUUACACCCUCAAGGUAUUAUUUGACUCCUGUACAACAGAGUCCAUUUUGAGAUAUGAUCGUGUCGGUGGCCGCUACGUACUGAGGAGGAACACCGAAGCAUUAGUGAGGAAUGUCAAGGUUGUGGCUGAACUUCUUUUGGCCUGGAGAAUCUGGGUAGGAUUGUCUCCCCUGCUCAUGGAGACCCUCUUUGCGGGCCUAGAGCUGCUAGUGCGAGAUGACCAUCCCCAUCAGGAGUUCAAUGUCAAACAGUUCCAGUCGGCCAGCAUCACUCACAAGAUAUUCCUCAUCUAUCAGGAAAGGUUACAAGAAGGUUUACCUGCCCUUCCCCCUGCCGUCAGCCAAUCAGUUGUCAGUAUCACCAGGAGCAUGAUGGGACAGCCGCCGGAUUCGCACAUGAUCAUCUCAGUGUUUGACUUUCUGCUAAUUAUGCAUCCAGCUGUCAACACAUACGUGCACAAUCAGAAGGAGGAAUACUUCUUCAAUCUCUGGUGGAAUGCUCCAGCUGUCCCUGAGAAACAAAUGGCUGAGAUCCACGCUAACAGAAGAGUAUCCCGGACUAUAUCCAGCAGAGAUGUUAUUGAUACUGAACAGAGUGAUCCAGGAACAGUCAUCUUGAGGAAGUCCAUGAGCAUGACUUCAGCCCCUUUGGCCAUUCAGCGAUCUCAGGGAGGCUCCCUACAGAGGACUGAGACUCUCAGCAGUGAGGGGAGCAGCUCUGAGGAUGAAGUCUCUGGGAGGAAGAGAUCCUCCUCCUAUCCUCCCAUCACCGUGGCAACUGAGGAGGCCUCUGAGGAGAGAGACUCACUGACGUCAGAAUGUCUACCGAUACAGUUUACAGCCAGACCGGAACACAUCCCACAGAAUGAUGGGGGCCCCUCUUCUACAGCCUCAUCGCCUGUCAUAAUAGAUGAUUAUCUGACAACAGAGGCACAAGAGGGGAUCCCUGAAGAUGUGACCAGAGGGCCCCCUGACCCUUAUCCUUUCACCUAUCCAAAUAUGAGUAGUCAGAACGAUACACGAGAGGCUGGGGUGGAAAUGCUGUGUGAAGGCCUGUUACGCUUGCUGUGUGAAGUGGUGGACAGUUUGCCUGAUAACAUGGUGUUGGCUACGCUGACUAAAAUAGUCCGUCCUGAGGUGUUCAUCGUGCUGGCUCAGAAUCAGUCAGAGACCAUCAGGGUGGCCGUUGUCAAGCUGCUGAGUGUUUACUUGCUGAAAGCUCAGCCCAGCCAGCAGGAGGCAUUCAUCAAGAAAGAGGGCUUUAAGUUAGUCUGUAACCAGCUCAGACAGUACCCAGCCAGCCCACAGAUCAUAGAAUUGGCCACUGCCAUGGUGUGUGGACAAACCGUCGCUAUAAGCCUGGGGAUGGACAUGUCCCCUGUAAGCAGCAUGUCCCCCACCCAGAGGGGGGCGCUGACUGUACUGCUGGCUCUAGUAGACAGGACUGUCACCAACACCUCUCUCUGUCACAACACACUCUACAUCCUCUCACAGAUAUUCGAGUCAUCUCCAUUUGCUGCUGCAGCUUUGUUGGACUUUGGACUUGUGGAAACACUGUGUAAUCUACUGGCAGCUGUGCACACAUCACAUACUGGAAGUGGUGAAGACCGUCAGUUGUUGGUGGACAGUAUCCACAGCCUGACCAUCAUGACAGCCCUUAGGGAAUUCAGCACGAGUGGCAUUGCCCAUUAUCAGCAGUUUGAGGACCUGAUGACCAUACUGAAAACACUGGAGGAGAGAGAGAAAACUGUGUAUGGGAAGGAUUCCAAGGAAGUCAGCGAUGUUCAGGUUUUACAGUGGAAGGUAUUGAAGAGAGUAUUGGAGUUUACAGAGAGAUCAGCUGAAGGAAAAGAUGACACUGUCAGCCAUUUUCACAGUGUGGAGACCUCACAGGGCUUCAACAGCCUUAAGUCCUUACUGAUGCCUUCCUUCUUAACCUCGCCAAGUAACCAUGGUAACAAAACCUACAGUGGCGAUGUCAACUCCCGACCCUAUCCAGCCAAAACUUCUGCCAGCCACACUCAGCCUCCGCCCCCAGUUAGUGCAAAGACUGCCCCCUUUCUCACUCCCACAACUGCAGAAGAAGGCUUUGUGCGAAGAAAGUUGUCUGCAGUUCUAGAUUUCAUCAUGGAAGGCUCUGAUUCGGUGUUUCUUGGCAACUUGUCAGGGUUUGAAGAGGGAGGGUUGCAUGGCAUGACAGCCUAUCCUGCUCAUGGGGGAGGUGCUUCCACUGAUCAUUACUCCAGGGCUAUGUCCCUCGAUAGAAAACUCUCCAAAGCCUUCGCUCCGAUCUCAGAUUCUGGCCCUACCACAUCAUGGAGUAUGCAGAUGUUCUCCCCAAAGAAGAAGCUGUUUGUUUCUGUCAGCCAAUCAGAGCUCUUGGACCGCAUGAAGAAAACCAUCACCAUGACAAUGGAUCUUGUCAUCUUUGCAGAUCAUGUGGAGACCAAGAAAGUAGAGUUAGAGAAGAGAAUCCCUCUGCUCUUUGACCGUGGAAAAGAAACCCCCUUAGAGGAAUUUGAGAAGUUUAUGUUUGGUUUCUUGUUCAGAUCCCUGAUCACUACACUGGAGAAGACAUUCUUUGGAAGAAAGAAAAAUGUAAUAAUGUGGAAUGCCAAAGAUUUGAUCAAGUCCCAGUUUGGUCGCCUACUGAUCAUCAUGCUGUCCCCCAAAGUGACCUUUGAACAGAGACGAUUUGCCCUGUCGUCAUUGGCUGCUGAUCAACAUUUCAGAGAAGUUCUUCGUCUUGUCAUAGCCAAUCAACAACAGGGCACAAAGAUGGGCGUGUAUCUGCAUGAUCUGUUGACUAAAUGGCGAGAGUGUCUGACAUCAUUUGAGGUGGAGGAGGGGUGUAAAGUGGUCACCAGUCUGAGACAGGCAGGGUUUAUUGUGCCUACCACAGACCCCACGGCCAGCCGAUCUAUGUCCCAGGAGGUCAGGGCAGGCAUGGAGCAGGAUGCAAAAAACUGGGACCAAGAAACAGAAAGAGCUAAGGAGAACUGGAUUAAAAAACGUGGAGUAGCUUUAAACAGAAUCUUGACAAAAUAUGAAAGUAUUUCAAACAGAAUAUCUGCCAAUGCAUCAGAAGUUACCCAGCUGGUCACUCAGCUUCAGAAUGCUGAAAGAAAGAAGUUCUUUGACCACAUCAAACAGUCGAUGAGUUACAGGAUACAUGUGAAGAAGUGCUGGCAAGAUCUGGUACAGCAGCUCACUCAUGAAAGGGCUGUGUGGCACUGUCCAGAGUCAUCUCCCCAGUCUUGGCAACUGGAUCCCACUGAAGGUCCAUGUAGAGUCAGACGAAGGCUGCAGAGGUGUCACCUAGGGCUGGAGAAACGCUUCCUCAAGAAAGAGGCACAAUACAAGCUAGAUAAGGAGAAGGCGACGGCACCUUUGAUUUACCUGUUUGAAGAUGACCAUCAGACGUCAGAUUCUGCUGCACUCAUCUAUCGCUUGUACACCAAUGAAAAAAUACAGCAUACCUGUAAAUGUACAGCAGUGACACCAGCCAAUGAGAGCAAGGGGGAGAUCCUCAUAGGUGAAAACUGUGUGUAUUUUGUGGCAGAUGAGGCAAUGUCUGAUGCUAACUAUACACAGGUGUUGCUGGGUAACAAAGACCAGUUGUCCAUGACCUGGCCUCAUGUUGACAUCAAGGAAGUUCACAAGAGGAGGUAUCAACUGAGGAACAUAGCACUGGAGAUUUUCCUGACCAAUGGCAAGACUUACCUGCUGGCUUUUGACAGCUCAAAGGAGAGAGAUGAGUUAGUGAACCAUCUGGACAACAUGGAGUUACCUAACCUGAUUCCCACGGAGAAUCUGACCGCCAUUCAGCAGCUGUGGGUGGAAGGUCACAUGACCAACUUUGAGUACCUGACCCACCUGAACAAGAUGGCUGGUCGGUCCUUCAACGACCUCAUGCAGUACCCAGUCUUCCCAUUCAUACUGAAGGAUUAUGUCAGCAAGUCCCUGGACCUCAACAACCCUGGCAUUUUCAGAGACCUGUCAAAGCCCAUUGCUGUGCAAGAUAAAGUCCGGGAACAGAAGUACAUCGAUAACUAUAAUUACUUAAAGUUGGAGUGUGAGCGAUCCAUGAAUGAUGAAAACUCUGUGAUGUAUCAGGUAACCCCAUUCCACUACGGCAGUCAUUACUCCAAUAGUGGCACAGUUCUCCAGUUCCUGGUGCGCUUACCUCCCUUUACAAAGAUGUUUCUCUCAUACCAAGACAACAAUUUUGACAUCCCUGACCGGACGUUCCACAGCAUGAAUACUGCCUGGAGACUGUCAAGUUACGAGUCAACCACAGACGUGAAGGAACUUAUCCCGGAAUUCUUCUUCCUGCCUGACUUCCUCCUCAACAAAGAAGGGUAUAACUUUGGCCGUCGUCAGACAGGGGAGGAGGUGUCAGAUGUGAUCUUACCUGCCUGGUGUUGUCAGGAUGCUCGUCAAUUCAUCCUCAUCCACAGACAGGCCCUAGAGUCCACCAUCGUCAGCCAGACUCUUCAUGACUGGAUAGACCUCGUCUUUGGCUACAAACAGCAGGGAGAAAUGGCCAUCAAGGCUGUCAACGUCUUUCAUCCUUCUACAUACUUCGGUGUGGAUGUGGAAGGAAUCAAGGACCCAGUGCGACGUUAUGCCAUGAAAACCAUGAUCAAGACGUACGGCCAGACCCCCAAACAACUGUUUAUGUCACCUCACCCACCCAAGUCCUCAACCAGUGAGAACACUCCUGUAGGACUGGAGAAGAUCACCCAGCUGUUCUCAAAGGCAUCCUCUCCACCCUCACAGCCGUCACAGCUCAUGACCAACUUAAUAUCUGAUGAUACCAUGAGCCCGUCUCGCCAGGUGCUGGGUCUCUCCUGGGGCAUGUUUGUGGGCUCCCCGGAUUGCCCUGAGCCUGUGCCCAUCUGGCAAACCCACUACGACAAGGCUGUGGCCUCUUUGGCAUCUCUUCCCACAGGGGAGGUGUUUGGGAUUGGUGUUAAUGGUUGUCUGCUGGUCAUGUACAGCAAGGAGAGAGGUGUCAUCUCCAUGAACACAACUCUGGUUGUAUGGGCAGCCAUUAUCAGUUGGGGAUAUCCUGAUGGAGUGCUGAGGAUACAGAACAAACAGGACAUGCCCAGUGUUAACUUCCUGCCAGAGGAACCCACGAAUGGGGUGUGUUGUUGUGCCUCGCUACCUGACUGUCGACUGUUGUUUACUGGAGGGAAGACAGGUGUGAUAACUGUCUACAACACUAACUACCACUCUGCCAAGGAAAGUGACAUGAUGGUGAUGGGUCACUGUAAACACCUGUAUGGUCACAGUGGGGCGGUCAGCAGUUUACAGGUGUGCUGGCCCUACAGUAUCCUUGUCAGUGCCAGUGAUGACCACACCUGUAUUAUAUGGGACCUCAACAGACUGACAUAUGUGAACUCCAUCACCAGUCACAGGAGUGCUAUAAAGUGUGUGGCUGUGAGUGACACACUGGGGGACAUUGCCAGUGUUAGUGAUGAAGGUAUUGGUAGCAGUCUUCAGUUACACACUGUCAAUGGAGAGCCCAUCUUGUCAACGUAUUGUCAACAGUCGAUAAACUGUGUGUCCUUCUCCAGUGCAGCAGAAGGGAGAUCUGUCAAUGUGAUCGCUGGUGGCCUGAGUAGUGGCGUUGUCAGGUUGUGGAGUUCCUGGGAUUUGAGUCAUGUCCGAGAUUUACAAGACCCUUCCUUGUUAGCUAAGCCAGUUAUCAGCCUGACUUUCACCUGUGACAACCAGCGUUUGUUCAUGUCCACUGCUGAUGGCACCAUCACCGUUUGGGAAUCGCCAGGGUCAAACAAGGGCAAGAGAUCUAUGGUCAAUUUUACACCUUUUACUUAAAUUCUUCAGAAAAUAGACGUAAGAAGGUUUUACAGGUGUAGUUAAUAUUGCAGCAAAUUUUGCUGUUGUUGUUUACACCAGUAUUAUAUCAUGUUUUAAUCUGGAUGUGUAUAAUACCACACAGCCAUUGUACAUAUUAUAGCAUGCCCCUGUACGAGAAUGUUUGGCAUUGAGAUCAACUUCAUUCUUGUGGCAUUUCCUUUGUAAUCAGAAAUAAUUGAUGAUGCUCUGACUCUAAUGUAAAUAUACAUAAUAUAAUUAAUUUAUGUGCAAGCCAGCAUUGCAGUAUUAUCAUCCAAUGGAAAUUUCCCCCUACUUGUAUAUGUAUUUUUGCAUAUAUUUAAAUGAUACUAUAGCGUGUAUUAAAGGUAGUGAAUAUACAGGGUCGUCACAACCGGUAAGCAUAUAUUAAUUUAUUUGCAGUACAUAUAUAUGGUGUUAGAUUUCAGGGUUUUGGAGAGGGAGGUAAUUCUGUAACAUUUACUGGUUGAGCGUGAUAAAUCUGUGUUUAUAGUAGAAAUCCAUUGUCAUUUGAUGAGUAGCGUUGGGUUUCAAAUCCAGCUUUUGCUGGCUUGUCGAGCAGUGUACAGAUGCAAAGACGAUGCCCCCUCCCUCUAGCCAUAUGUAGUAAGUAGUAUAAUCAACAAGGGCACUUUAUGUAGUAGUGUCACCACAGUCUGAAAUAUACCUGUACAUGUAGUUUAUUUCAUGCUGAUUAAGUUUGCCUCUAUGCCCUACUGCAGUUCACAAUUUAUUGAUGAUAUUGAUCAAUACCUGGAACUAUUAGUCCCAGUUAAUACUUGGUAUUGAAAAUGCUGUGACACAAGAAAGAGGGCUGAGGGAGGAGAAUGUUGGAAAUGAACUCUGUUUUUGAAACCUGGUUUUAAUUUUGUAAGCAUGUACAUGGAGUGAAAAUCUAACAAACAGAAGUGUAAUAAAACACAUAUUAAAUGUGCAGGUAAGUGUACCUGCAUAUGUAUUUGUAAACAUCUUUCCACCUUGAUAUGACUUGCAUGUAAUUUUAUAUAGUAUGUGGAUUUUACAAUGUAUUUGUAUAUUAAAUAGGUUUUAAGAAAGUAACUGAAACUUUAACUUGAUGUAGCAAGUUUAUUGUGUGAAAUUCUGAAUUAAUUGUGCUUUUAUAACAUACAGUAAUUACCUGCUCUUCACUUGGAGGAGGUUCAAAUGGGUGUGGUUUUAGUGGUGUGUGCGUACUCACUUGUGUGUGUGUUGUGAUAUGAAUAUAUUUUAAAUAUUUAUAUAUGUUUAUCAGAAUACAGAUAUUUGUUAUUACACAGGUACAUACAGGGGUAAGAAUGAAUUUGUAUACCCCUUCUCUUAUUCCAUUAAUGUCAUAAGGAAAGAGUGUAUUUCUGUUGUUUAGGCUUCAUGUAUUUGAGGCGUGCAUAUAUACGAGGGUUUUCAUAUAUUUAAUAAUAACGAAUUCAGUAUUGGUGCUUUAAUCAGUAAGUGGCAAUGUGUUAUUAACAGACAUGUUUAUCUGUGAUGGUGAGCCGAGUACAUCACUCCCACACGGGGUCACUAGCAGGACUGAAAAAUUGUUACUCUCUUUGGGCUGUUUCUCUUGGCAGGAACUUAUCAAAAUUGUCAUUUACUUCCUUGGCAAUGCACAUGUACACGUUGACAAGAAUCCUUCAUAGUCUUCCCAAUGCCUGUGGAGCAGAAAAAUUUAGAGGACUAAAACCUCCAUUGACCAGCAUAUUUUGAUGUUGGACAAAGUUAUUGAUACAUGCAGUCUACUCUUAUCGUAUCAAUAUCUUAAACCUGUUGGAACAUUGGACAUUUGCCUUACAUGUUAACUGUUAAAACCUGCAUCAAAAAACUCAUAUUCCCUCCACUGAUCCCUCACCCCUGCCACCUCUUAGUUGCCUUCACUUUAUCACAUUAAGGUACAGUUGCACCGUUUCUUCACACUUGUCAAAAAUUGGUGGUGCGUUUGCUGGUUAGAUGACACUGAACCACUAUGAUGUUAAUACAACUCCAAAAGAAAGAGUGGCUGAUGCCUUUUUAACCAGGUUUGACUCCAUGUUUGAAUAAAGAAACUUCUGUCUUGUUUUUUACAGUGUAGGGGCACUUUUGAAAGUCAACAUAAAAACAUCAGAGUAAAAUGACACCUAUUAGUAUGUACAUGUAUUUUUAUUGUCAUCUUCGGGUGGAGGUGUUGACAGAAUUUACGACACCAGUUGUCAAGCUUAUAAAUAUAAUUAGUGAACCAACAGAUAAGCCGAUUCGAUUUUUCAUUCGGAUAUUUUGGUGUAUAUUGGAACAUUAAUGUUAAUGCUAGGGGAAGCUAGUCACAGUGCAGAAAUCUGGUGUCUGAUCUCUAGUUACCAGCACAUCAAAGUGUAUUAUGGUGUCUUACAGGCGUUUACAAGUAGUGCUGAGUGUCACAACAUAAUGGCUUAUGAUAUGUUUCACAUUUAACAGGUACGUGUUAUGUUGCUACAGAAUCAACAGCAGAUGUUUUGUUGUUACGAAACCAACAAAUGAUAGCUGUCAAGCGAGAGAUCUUGUUAGAUGUGUGCAACUAAAACAGGUGUCACACAAGCAUGUUAAAACAGUACGUACAUGUAGCCUAGUCUGUGUGAGACUGGCAAUGUCUGAUUUUGAUCUUUUCCCAUUCCAGCUCAUUAUUUUUGAUGUGCAAUUAUCAGUUUCAUCAUCUUAAUUGUGAAAAGUUAUACUGAAGGUGAAGGAAUGACUGUCUGAAAAGAUACUAAACAUUUGAUAUUUACAAGGAAGCUGUUUGAUAUUUUGAAUAUCUAACUUUUGAGAUUUGGGACCAGUUUGUCUGUACAUGUAUUUAUGAGAUUAGGUGUGUGUGUUGUAUCAACUUGAUAUAUAUACAUGUAUGUUGAACUUCUUCUUGUCUCUGUGUGCAGUAGGUCAAUGUACAACAUCGUAUGAGUGAAUGAGAUAUAUACUGUUGACAUUACCAAACAAAUUUUAGGUUUGAUGAAAAACAUGUUAGUGUUAUUGAACUGAAUAUUAUAUUUCUUCAUUUUAAUAAACACAUCAUUGUAACACA